CUCACCUCUCCCUCUGGCCAGCUCACCUCUCCCUCUGGCCAGCUCACCUCUCCCUCUGGCCAGCUCACCUCUCCCUCUGGCCAGGUCACCUCUCCCUCUGGACAGCUCACCUCUCCCUCUGGCCAGCUCACCUCUCCCUCUGGCCAGCUCACCUCUCCCUCUGGCCAGCUCACCUCUCCCUCUGGCCAGCUCACCUCUCCCUCUGGCCAGCUCACCUCUCCCUCUGGCCAGCUCACCUCUCCCUCUGGCCAGCUCACCUCUCCCUCUGGCCAGCUCACCUCUCCCUCUGGCCAGCUCACCUCUCCCUCUGGCCAGCUCACCUCUCCCUCUGACCAGCUCACCUCUCCCUCUGGCCAGCCCACCUCUCCCUCUGGCCAGCCCACCUCUCCCUCUGGCCAGCCCACCUCUCCCCACCUUUCCCUCCGCCAUCAGUUCGGCCGGCCUCUACCUUUCCCCUCGCCUGACCUCUUCGCCACGCCUGUCACCACCAGUGCUCUGAGUGGCUCUGCUGCACCAGGGCAGAUCAUAGUGGCAGAGACAAGCCCGCUGCUGCUCAAUGCUGGCAGGGCGGCCGUGCGACUGAGCGUCAGCAGCCGAUGUGACAGGCCCAUUCAGGUGGGCAGCCACUACCACUUCGUCGAGACCAAUCCGCUGCUUUUCUUCGACCGCCAGCUGGCGUACGGUUACCACCUCAACAUCCUCCCCGGCACUGCUGUGCGCUUCGAGCCUGGCGAGACAAAGCAGGUGGUGCUGGUGGCGAUGGGGGGCAAGAAAGUGAUCCAGGGCGGCAACGGGAUAGCGAGUGGAGCAGUGGACGAGAGCAGGGCGGCCGAGGUGGCUGCUAAGGCUGUGGCCAUGGGAUUCGGACAUGUGCCAGAGGCCAAUGCACUCAAGGGCGCCGUGGGAACGGACGAGGCCCUGACAGUGCGAGUGGAGCGAGAGCGAUAUGCAGACGUGUUUGGCCCCACAGUGGGGGACAGGGUGCGGCUGGGAGACACAGCGCUGGUGGUGGAGGUGGAAAAGGAUUUUACAGUGCUGGGCGAUGAGUGCAAGUUCGGAGGGGGGAAGGUGCUGCGGGAAGGCAUGGGGCAGGCAACGGGAGUGAAGGCAGAGGACGCCCUGGACGUGAUAAUAACGAAUGCGCUUAUAGUGGAUCACUGGGGCAUUGUGAAAGCGGACGUGGGCAUCAAGGGCACGCGCAUCGCUGCCAUUGGGAAGGGCGGCAACCCGGAUGUGAUGGAUGGGGUGGACGAGAAUAUGGUGGUGGGGGUGACGACAGAGGUGAUAGCAGGCGAGGGGCUGAUACUCACAGCAGGAGGCAUCGACACUCACGUGCACUUCAUCUGCCCCCAACUGGCGGACGAGGCUAUCUGCAGCGGUCUGACGACGUUAGUGGGAGGAGGAACGGGGCCGGCACACGGCACGCUGGCCACCACAUGCACGCCAUCCCCCGACGCCAUGGCACUCAUGCUGCAAGCUACGGAUAAUAUGCCGCUCAACUUUGGGUUCACAGGGAAGGGCAACACGUCCAGCCCCGAGGGCCUCUUGGACAUCAUCAAAGCGGGAGCAAUUGGGUUGAAACUGCAUGAGGACUGGGGCACCACGCCUGCAGCCAUUGACACGUGCCUGAGUGUGGCGGAGCAGCAUGACGUGCAGGUGACGAUUCACACGGACACUCUCAACGAGUCAGCGUGUGUGGAGCAGACCAUUGCUGCCUUCAAGAACCGCACCAUCCACACCUACCACAGUGAGGGAGCAGGCGGGGGACAUGCACCGGACAUCAUCAGCAUCUGUGGGGAGAGCAAUGUGCUGCCUUCUUCCACCAAUCCCACUCGCCCUUUCACCACCAACACCAUUGACGAGCAUCUGGAUAUGCUGAUGGUGUGCCACCACCUGGACAGCAACAACAGGGAGGACGUGGCAUUCGCCGAGUCGCGAAUCCGGGCGGAGACCAUCGCAGCAGAGGACAUACUCCACGACAUGGGGGCAAUCAGCAUGAUGUCAUCCGAUUCCCAAGCCAUGGGUCGCAUAGGCGAGGUCAUCACGCGCACAUGGCAAACCGCGCACAAGAUGAAGGUCCAGCGGGGACCUCUUAACGAGGAUAAAGAUUCUGAGGGGUUUGGCACCGCGCCGAAUGAUAAUUUCCGGGUGAAGCGAUACGUGGCAAAGUAUACGAUUAACCCGGCGAUCGCGCACGGGUUUUCGCACGUGGUGGGGUCGGUGGAGGUGGGGAAGCUUGCGGAUCUGGUGCUGUGGCGGCCGGCGUUCUUUGGCGCGAAGCCGGAGAUCGUGGUGAAGGGCGGCGCGAUUGCAUGGGCGCAGAUGGGCGAUGCUAACGCCAGCAUUCCAACCCCGGAGCCGGUCAUCAUGCGACCACAGUUUGCUGCAAGCGGCAAGGCAGUGGGUGGGCGCUGCUUGGCGUUCGUCAGCCAGGUGAGUUGUUGGGGGUGGGUGGGGUGGAGGGGUGGAGGGGUGAAGGGGUGGUGGGGUGGACGGGUGGAGGGGGUGGAGGGAGUGGAGGGUCCCACCUAUCAGUCCCACCUAUCAGUCUAA